CGCGGUGCAACUUUUUAAAAUGUUCCUGGGAAAUUUCAACCCGCUUGCGUUCCGUGCGGCUUACGGAGUUCCUGUUUUUUCAUGGUUCUUAAAUUGAAGAACUAUCAAGAUGAGGUCCCUCGAUGUAAUCGAAUAUGUGUCUGCGUUGGUUGUAUCCUCCUGACUGUCAUGGAGUUCCACAUCAAACAUAGCUGGGACAGCUUAUGUGUGGAUCACAAGCCGGUAAAGAUUCGCUUCUCACCCGGUGAGGAUGGUUUGUUAAUGCAGUUUAAUGCUCCUUUCUUUAAUGACCCCCCUGCACCAGCCGGACCACCUGGAGAGCAGUUCCCUGGCCUCUGGGACUAUGAGGUGGUGGAGACAUUCUUCCUGAACAGCUACACUGAGCAGUAUCUGGAGGUGGAAGUCUGUCCUCAUGGACAACAUCUUAUUCUGCUAUUGAAUGGAAAACAAUGCAUUUAUGGGAAGAAAACACACAUUGUACAUCAGCAUAUUAAUGUUUUCAGUAGAAAAUACAGGAAAAACUAUCAAAUCUUAUGA